AGUACCAGCUCAAUUGGUAAAAAUGUCAAAAUUAUUAGACCGAAUAUCAUGACCAAGUUUGUAUCACAGAUCUCUCACUUAUACGUGACUUUGUGAUUUCAUUUAUCUAAAAACCAAAAAAUAAAUAAAAAAAAGAGAUGUUUUCUGGAGAGAUAGAGAGAGGGUGCUACCUGGCAGAAACAGAAGCAGCCAAGGAUAACCUAGUUUUGUGGGUGAGGCUGAGACAACAACAUUACUAAUCUUCACUCUCUUCUCUUCAUUCAAUCAUUUCCACAAACACCUUCAGCUCAAUAAAUCUUCACUCUCACUCACCUCAAAAUUCUCAUCAAUGGCUACCUCUCUCUCUUUCUCUAGACUCCUCUCUUCUUCCACCACCACAUCACUCUUAUCUCCCAAAACCAAAACCCUCUCUUCCAAUUUUACCCUCCCCCUCAAACUCAAUCGUUUCAACCCAAAACCUCUCCGAUUUUCCACUUCCCCCAAAAUCUCCGCCACCAUCUCCGUCGGCGACAAACUCCCUGAAUCCACCUUCUCAUACCUCGACCCCGCCGGCGAAGUCCAAACCAUAACAGUUUCCGACCUAACAAAAGGCAAAAAAGCCGUUCUCUUCGCCGUUCCAGGAGCUUUCACACCAACAUGCUCACAGAAACACGUUCCAGGAUUCGUGGAGAAAUCAUCGGAGCUAAAAUCAAAAGGAAUUGACACAAUCGCUUGCAUUUCGGUUAACGAUGCGUUUGUGAUGAAAGCGUGGAAGGACGAUUUGAAAGUGAAUGAUGAAGUUCUUUUGUUAUCUGAUGGUAAUGGUGAUUUCACGAAAGCGAUUGGUGUUGAACUUGAUUUGAGUGAUAAACCUGUUGGAUUGGGUGUUAGGUCAAGACGUUAUGCUUUGUAUGCUGAAGAUGGUGUUGUUAAGCUUUUCAAUUUGGAAGAAGGUGGUGCUUUUACUUUCAGUGGUGCUGAUGAUAUUCUCAAAGUUCUUUGAAUUUUUUUUAUGUUUUAAUUCUUCUAUUUUGAGUUACUUGUUUCUUUAAUCGGUUUAGGUUGAUCAACUUUUUUGGUUUUGGUUUUCUUAAUAAUAAUGUGGAUUUUUAUUUGAUCUAA